AUGAGUAAUAAUAACGACAACGACCCACUUCCUGGGCUUGAUCCUAGCAAGUUCCCUCAACGGGUGUUUAUUUCCCAAUUGCUCUUUUCAAUGUUUAUCGGGUUCUUUGGGUUUUUGGUCUUCUGUUAUUUGAGGCCUAGAUAUCCGCAAAUAUACUCACUACGAACGCUAAGAAGGCUGGAUAUUGAAACUUUGCCUAGACACUGGUUCCUGUGGAUUAAACAAUUGUACAUUAUCAAAGAUGAAGAAGUAUUGGCACUCUCGGGCCUUGAUGCUUAUGUCUUUUUAUGCUUCUUUAGAAUCUCUAUAACUAUCUUCGGAGUUUUAACACUUAUAAGUUUUUUGUUCAUUGGGCCAAUCCGGUAUUAUACAACGGGACACUAUGACCAUCAUGAAGAAUUUGGUGAUGGUGAUGCAGUGGCGAGCGUGAACAUCAUGAAAUUGGUUGGAUUAUUCUACAGUAUCUCAGAUACCAGUGAUAGAGAGGAUGAUAGCAAGCCUAGCAAGCCACCAAUGAUACCGCCUAUGUAUGAGGAGUUCCCUUCGUAUCUAUGGAUCUAUGCAGUUUUCACGUAUAUAUUUGUAUUGUUGAGCUUGAAUUAUUUGUUGAAGCAAACCAAGAAAAUUAUAACCAUUAGACAAAAUUACUUGGGGUCUCAAAAUUCAGUUACAGAUAAGACCAUUAGAGUGGACGGUAUCCCUCCUCAAUUGAGGACUGAGAGUGUUUUGAAGAAACAUAUUGAGCUGUUGGGAAUUGGUAAAGUAUUGGAGCUUCAUAUGAAUAGAGAUUGGGAUACUUUAGAUCAUUAUAUGAAGGAAAGAAAGCAUAUUGUGAAGUGUUUGGAGAAAACAUACAUCAGCUAUCUUGGAUUAGAUGUGAAUAUUAAUAAAGGCGAAAUUCCACAAGCAUCAAUACCAAAGCUACCCAACGAAAUUGAAACAGAAGAUUCAACUAAUGAAAGAAAAAGACCUACAAUGAAGACGGGGUUUCUCGGAUUAUUUGGAACAAGAGUUGAUACUAUUAAUUACUAUUUGAUCCAGUUGAAGAAAAUAGAUUAUGAUAUUGAAAUGCUCAGACAGGAAAACGCCUUUAAACCAGCCGACUCUGCAUUUGUCACAAUGGAUUCUGUUGCUUCCGCCCAGAUGAUUGCCCAGGCAGUACUUGAUCCUAAAGCUCAUAAUUUGCUAACAUCAUUGGCUCCAUCACCUUCAGAUAUAAUCUGGGAGAGUUUUGCUGUCCCUUCUGUUAAGAGAUAUAUUCAAAAUUAUUCAAUUACUAUCAUGUUUGUUAUCACUUCUGUUGUUUUGAUUUUCCCAGUCUCUUCAUUGGCUGCCCUUAUCAAUAUCGAAACUAUCACCAAAUUUUGGCCAAAACUAGGACACGUUAUUGCUGAUUCCAAAUGGUUGACUACCUUGGUUACUGGUAUUUUGCCUCCAACAUUAUUUACAGUUUUGAAUGUCUGUAUCCCGUAUCUUUACAGAUGGUUGUCGACAAAACAAUAUUUUCAUUCCAACGGUGAUGUUGAAUUAGCUUCAGUUUCGAAGAACUAUUUUUACACAUUCUUUAACUUAUUUUUGGUUUUCACCAUUGCUGGUUCCGCUGCCAAUUACUGGUCGUACUUUACCGACACGACGAAAAUUGCUUAUCAGUUAGCCAAUUCUAUAAAGAAAUUGUCUUUAUUUUAUAAUAAUUUGAUUCUUUUGCAAGGGCUUGGGAUUUUCCCGUAUAAAUUAAUGCAAUUUGGUGAUGUCUUUGUUAUAGGAUGUUAUAAGUUUGUGCAGAUUUUCUACAAGACCCAAGUUAGGGUGAGAACUCUAAGGUAUUUAUAUUAUACUCCAAAAAUUUUUGAUUUUGGAUUAAUUUUGCCGCAACAUAUUUUGAUUUUUGUCAUUACCAUGAUUUAUUCCAUUAUAUCCACCAAGUUAUUGGCAUCGGGCUUGCUUUACUUUAUUUUGGGGUAUUUUGUUUACAAGUAUCAGUUGAUUUAUUCAAUGAUCCAUCCUCAACAUUCAACAGGGAAAGUGUGGGCGAUAAUCAUGCAUCGUUUAAUAGUUGGGUUAGUCAUCUUUGAGCUAACAAUGAUUGGUACUUUAGCGUUGGAAAAUGCGGUGAUCUUGGCGAUUUCAUUGUUACCAUUGAUAGGAUUAACAAUAUGGUUCCAUUUCAGAUUUGAAAAAUACUAUAAACCAUUACUUCAUUUUAUUGCUUUGAGAGCAGUCAAGAAUCCAAGAGGAAAGAGAUUUGUAUCCACCACCAACGAUUUAGAAAAUGUUCCUCAACCCAAUAUGGCUGAUAAUGAGACCAUUGGAAAUAGUAUUUUUGAAGAUUCUAGUAUUGCGGAUGUGAGUACUAGCACGGAUAUUAUUGACUCCCCAUCAAUGGAGUCCUUGGAAACAACCCAAAUCUUGAACACUAUGCAAAGAUCAUUACGCAAGCGUCGUAGCACAUUUGAUGAAGACAAAAAUUUCAACCAGAGCUAUAUUUAUCCAAAUUUAAUUAAAAAGUUAGAUGGUCCUUGGGUUGGUUUUGAAGGAAAUACUGUUGAAGUAAUAAACUACGACAACUGUGAAUUAUUGAAGAAUAUUAAUGAAGAUGUGAGAAUUGACGUGAGGAAGAUCGAUGUCGAUAAAAUUAAUGAUAAGAUCAAUGAGAAUUAUGCCGGGGAAGUCGUAGUGAGCAAAGGGGGAAGAUUUUUUGAAUGGCAGUGA